GGAUCAUUCUCUAUAAAUUGCAGUCCCACAACCUCUCAUUAUCCAAACACCCACUUCCUUAAAACUCCCUAAUUGAUUACCUCUGUAAUUCAAUUCAAUUCAAAGUUCCAUGGCUGACUUCACACCAGCAGAUUGGCAGAGCUUUGAUCCAAACAUGGAACUAAUGAUAAACCAGUUCACAGACCUAAACCCAACUGUUGCAGACAACUCCUCAGACCUGAAUUUCCACACCCUCAUGGGAUUUUCCAGUGACAAUUUCUAUUCCCAGCCAUCCCCCCAAUUUCCGGGAAACUUGGGAGAAAAUUUUCCAGGAAUUUUCCAUCCCAACAAUCAGAUUCAACCCACUGCCCCGGCUGAUCCUCAAGAUGAAUUCCAUAUUGAGUGUAAGAAGAGGAAAGCAGUGGUUGUGGAUGUGUCUGCAGAGAGCAGCUCUGGGAAUUCUUCUGCAGUACCUGUUUCAGAAGCUGGGAUGCAUAGGAAAAAUAGUUCAAGGAGAAGAAAAAGGGUGAAAAGCAGUGAUCAGAAGGUAGAUGAUGAGAAGCCCAAGGAAGUGGUUCACGUGAGAGCAAGAAGAGGACAGGCUACUGACAGCCACAGUUUAGCAGAAAGGGUUAGAAGAGGGAAAAUCAAUGAGAGACUGAAAUGCUUGCAAGACAUUGUCCCCGGAUGCUACAAGACGAUGGGCAUGGCUGUAAUGUUAGAUGAGAUAAUUAAUUAUGUCCAAUCCUUGCAGAAUCAAGUAGAGUUUCUAUCUAUGAAGCUUACUGCGGCCAGUACAUUUUACGAUUUCAACUCCGAAUCAGACACAAUUGAAAAAUUACAGAAGGCAAAGGCAUACGAGGCAAAGGAGGUGGGGAGACUACUGAGAGAAGGAAAUGGAGGACAAGCCUCCACCUUCUCAACAUGGCCCUUUUGACUUCACUUUUGGCUCUUUCUUCCCCAUUCCCAUUCUUGAUGAUACAUCUCUAUCUUCCUAAUCCCUUCUCUCUCUUUCCAUUUCUUUCAAGGGGCAAAUUAUACCACAAGUUGUCAAAUUUUUACUUAAUUGUAUUUCGCUUUCUAAAAUUUGAGUUAGAGCAGUCUGAUCCUUAAAAUUUUAUGUUCAAUCGAGGUGAAAUUUCUAUUUGGGAAUCUCAUCAAAGAUUAAAUUAAAUUUUUAAGAAUCAUAUUGCUGCAAUUUGAAUUUUAAAAAGUGAUGAAAGUGCGAUUAAAUAAAACUUUAAUUACUUACUGUAUAAUUUACAUUUUUUUUAUAAGAAAAAUCAAAUUUGAUCUCAUUUUGUGCUAUAUAUUUUCAACACACAUGCAAGUGUAUACUUAUUUUACUGUCUCACAUAUGCAUGUGGGAGAGUUUAACUAUUAUUUUUAUUAUAAUUAAUAAAAGGAAAAAAAAGAUUAAAAAAAUUGAAAUC